UCGACGACGACGAUGGACAGCAACGCCCUCGAGUCGCUUCCGGAGUCGUUCGGCGACCUCUCGAGCCUCGUCUCGCUCGCCGUGAGCCACAAUGCCCUCACUUCUCUGCCGGAGUCCUUCGGCGGCCUCGAGAGCCUCGACGAGCUCUUCCUCGAGGACAACGCCCUCACGUCGCUGCCGGAGUCGUUCGGCGCACUUGCGAGUCUCGACGAGCUCCACCUGCACGACAACGCCCUCGUGUCGCUGCCGGAGUCGUUCGGCGGACUCGAGAGCCUUGUCACGCUCAAGCUGAACCACAACGCCCUCACGUCGCUGCCGGAGUCGUUCGGCGACUUCGAGAGCCUCGCCAUGCUCUACCUGCAGGACAACGCCCUCGCGUCGCUGCCGGAGUCGUUCGGAAACCUCGCGAGCCUCGUCACGCUCGAACUGCGCAACAAUGCCAAUCUCUCGAGCCUCCCCGCUUCCUUCCUCGAACUCAGCCACCUGGAACCGGUAUCACUU